ACACUUAAUACGGCGCAAAAAGAAUUUCAUGCCAAAUUAGUAAACAUUGCCUCGGCGCCGCUCGCUGAUAAAUAUUACUCCAGAUCACGUUUGGAAACUGGAGGAACUAGCUCAAUUAGAAAAGAGACGAUAUUUUAUCCGAAGAAAAAAUACGACCCGGCGAAUUUCUCGACAAUUACGUCACCGAAUUCGAGGCGUGAAGUUCCACUGAGUUGUCUCCACACCCCAAGAUCCACAGAUAAGAGAACAGGCACGGUAUAUAAUUUUUUGAAUUCUGAUCAACUUCAUUCACCAAUGUCAAAGUUACGAAUAAAUGAUUGGGACAAUAAAAGCGACGAUAGAAUGUCAAAUGAAAUUCUAUUCAAUAUAGGGUCAAUUACGCCAAGAACUAUCAGAAAUAAAAACUUAAUUACGGUCUAUAAUGUUACUGAAGAUAAUGGUAUUGACUUCAAUAAUAAUCAUAAAUUCAAUAAUAAUGCCAUCAAUACCAAGAUCAAAAAUUCCGAUUCUGAUGAGAUAAAUUGGUGUACUUGUGAAAAUAUGCCAUUACGAUUGCAUCCCGAUCAUGAAGAACAAUUAUCGAAAUUUCCCUUUGAGAAAGCAUUCGAAAUAAUUCGAUUUAUGAAGCCUUUUGGAAAAUUAGACUGGAUGGCAAUUGAUUGGUGUGCACUAUCGAGAAUAUCAACGGCAAAUAUUUACGAUGAAAUUUACAAAAAUCAUCCUAUAAUUCAAAUGUUACCAAAGAAAGCUUCAAACAGUACAUGGGAGCCCCCAAAGUUAGUAAAUGGAGAAAAUGAUACUGCGAUAAUAUUUUCGGCGGUCCUGGAAUGGACCUCAAAAGAGCAUCAUUUAAGUCUGAAUCCACCAAAAAGAGGUCCCAGUAAAAGGUUCUAUCGAAAAUUUGGUUCAGAUAGAUUUCUGAGCCUAAAGGUUGACGCGGACCUGCAAAAACUUAAUCCAAAUGAGCUCGAAAAAUUAAAAAGACUUUUACUUAAACCAAUUAUAUUAGCUGGACGAACAUUCGAAUUGCUCUACGGAAAAGACAAUACAAUUUUUUAUUUUGCCACGAGAGGCAAAAACAUAAAAAAAACUUCUAUAUAUAAACUUAUCGAUUGGCACAUUCCAUUCAAAGGUGACAAUCUCAAUAUGUCAGUUUCAAAGUUUGUUUCCCGUAUUGCACUUGGUCUGUCGGAUACUCGACCAACGGUUAUCUUUCAGCCAACCGAGAUAAGACGCGUCAAGGACGUGACCUCAGCAGAUGGCAAUCACUGUUUGACGGAUGGUUGCGGUGCUAUUUCGUUGUUAGCGAUGCGAAAAGUUGCAGAAGUCAUGUCGUGGACCGAAACUCCGUGUGCAUUACAGGGUCGCAUUGGAUCCGCAAAGGGAAUUUGGUUUUUGGACCCUAAUUUGGAUAUAUCAAGUGGGAUUUGGAUUGAACUUCGGGAAUCACAAGUGAAAUUUGAUGUAUGGUGUGGCGAUGAAGAUCGGUUCUCUGAUGAAGCUUUGCGUACUUUGGAUGUUGUAAAGGUUAUAAAAUUGCCAUCGACACCAGGAUACCUAAACACGCAGUAUAUACGGGUUUUGGGAUGUGGUGGUGUUGAACAAGAAGUUUUCUUAAGACUGGUGCUACGUCAAAUAAAUGAAUACAAAUCGAAAAUAGUCGGCUGUAAUGAUCCACUGGAACUUAUCAAAUGGAUUGAAGAAAAUUUCAAUAUUAUGGGAAUGAGGUUGGAUGAAGAAAAAAAUGCAAAAAUUUACGACGAUUCGUUAUUAGAGACCUCUUCCAAUAAUAGUAGUUUAUUGGAGGAAUUUGGUGAACAAGCAAUCUCAUCUGGGUUUCCUUUAUCAACCCAUGAAAGAUGUUUACAGUUGUUACAAGCAGGAUUCACCCCACAAAAUUGCCCAUAUCUUGCCAAAGAGCUCACCGGAAUAAUGACACGGGAGCUUAAUAUGCUCACAUCAAAAUUUCGAAUUCAAGUACCUUUAUCUCGCGUGCUUACAUGUAUCGCGGACCCAACUGGAACUUUGAACCCCGGCGAAAUCUUCAUUCAACUGGAUGCGAGAGCUGGACUUGACGUAAGGACUUUGCUACCAUUCGGCGUCAUUGAAGGUGACGUAAUUGUGACAAGAACACCGUGUCUUCUGCCGUCUGACAUUUGUAAAGUCCGCGCUGUGAAUAAUCCAAACUUGUCGAAAUAUUCUAAUAUCGUAAUAUUUCCGAUCAAAACGCAACAACCAAAUGAUGGAUCUUUAGCUAGUCGCUUAUCUGGAGGCGAUUACGAUGGUGAUACGAUAUUCUGCUGCUGGGAACCUUCAAUAGUCGGGCCUUUUCGGAAUAGCCCGAUUUUAGGAACUCAAUCAGCGGUCAAAGAUGCUAUUCUUGUCGAUAAGACAAAAAUUCAAGACAUUUUAAGCACCGAAAAACCACAAAUUUCGCUGCAAGAGAAAAUUUUGGACAUUCAUAUAAAUGACCUAACAAAAAAAUUGAACCUAUACAGUCAUUUUCAUGAUCUUUGCGUUGAACGUUACGGAGUCCAACACCGAAAAUCAAUAUAUUUUGCGCAAAUGUGUGGACACUUGGUUGACGCAUUAAAACAGGGUUUGACCGUUAAAGAGAAUGUCUUUAUCCAAGACAGCGCACUAUUUCAUUCCGAUUCGACACCAUUAUGGAUGAUGGAAAGGCGAGAGCAAAAAAAAAAGAAGAGAAAUAAAGAGAGAAAAUUGCCGGAUGUCCCCAUUGAAGAUAUUUCUCACCAGAGCCUCACGAAUACUGGGUUCCUAAAUAGACUAUUAAGUUCAAUGCGUGAACUACUUGCUGAUGUGAGCUCCCCCGGUUUUACUAUAGCUCCUAACGCGACUAUGGAGAUCGAUAAUGGCAUCACAAUGCUCUUUGGCC